CAGCAGUAUAAGAAGACAAGUCAUAGGCCUUCUCUGGAUCAUCAUCACUGCACUUUCUCCUCGACGAUAUCUUUCCAAGGCCCACAAAGACAGUCUCCCAAGUUAACCGCAAUGUCUUACAUGCACCUUACCCACACUCGCGCCCGUGAGCGCACUCCCGACUAUGAGCCUCACGACUCUCGUCCCCUCGUCCGCCGCGACACCCUCAAGCGUGAUCGCACCAUUACACUCUCCGACCUUGAUGAUGACGGCUACGACGACUACCCCUACCCAUCCAACCAUCCCAAGUUCAGGGGGCCAUCCCGCGCCCUAACAAUUCGUGAUCAACCCUCCCAGCUCGAGCGCUACAACAUUUGGUCAAGUGACAAGCGUGACGACGAUGAGAGGCGACGCAGCUACGAGACACGCCAUACCUACAAGUACGCCGAUCGACACUACCAUACCGAUGAAGAAGAUACAGAUGAAAGUGCGUUCCGUCUGAAGAUCAAUUCUACCUUUGAUCGGCCAAGCACAUCCCACCACCACCAUUCCCACGAGACUCAUCUCUGGCCUAGCGACGCUUUCCGCCGUCGUGACAAGUGGGUCGAUGAGCAUUGGGAGGCUCGUCAGCGCUCCACAUCUAGGGAGCGAAGCAAGGUCAGGCGAAACGGCCUGUGGGGAGACUUUGAAGAGAAAGAAAGAGAGACUCAGGACGAGAGAUGGAGCAGGUACCACAGGACGAGUGAGACCAAGACAGAGGAGCUUCGGCCGUUGAGUGGAUGGCGCCGCAGCAGGAUCAUCAGAGGCAAUUAGAGUCGGCAAUCGUGAUGAUAUCGGGUUUCGGUUAGUAGGGCCAAUGUGUUUCGGAUCGCAGAUUUCCUAUUUCGUUUGUUCUCUUGAGGGUUGGAUUUCCUUGAGUCGCUCCUUUAAACGGCUGGGGUGGGAGACUGAACAACCAAUGGUUUCUGCAGUUUGUUUGGCAGUAAUUUCCUACCUGUCAUAGAUAGUUUUGAAUAUUUUCGUUAGAUACCCAGAAUAAAUGUAUUUGGUAAAGC